AUGGUGAAGUUCGGUUUGACAAAGUCUGGCAUCGCGAAGCUUGUGUCGGAGGCCUCCCUCCUCCCUCCCCCCUUGCGCCACUCCCUCCCUCCCUUCUCCGUGUCCCCCUCCCCUCCCCCCUCCCUUCCCCCCCCUCCCCCUUGCCCACUCCGCCCUCCCUCGCCCUCCCCUCACCCGCCCCUUGCCUUGCCGGCGGUGUCGACGCCGUCUGCCGCGGCGCCCCCCGCGCGCGGCCGCCUCGCCCCGCCGAGAGGGGGAGCGUACCGCGUCAGCGGGCAGAAGAAGUGGAUCACGGGCGGCCACGUGGCCGACUUCCUGACCCUGGCGGUGCGCACCGGCGCGGGGAGCAAGGGGAUCUCCCUGCUCCUGGCGGACACCAGUGCCCCAGGGAUCGAGAUCAGGAAAAUGGAGACCCAGUUUGACACUUGCCACGGGACAACGUUCAUUACAUUGGACAACGUGCUGAUACCAGAGGAGAACCUCAUCGGAAAGGAGGGCGCAGGGUUCAACUAUCUCCUGCUCAACUUUAACCACGAGCGGCUGGUGAUCUCCGUGUCCACUUGCCGAUUCGCCCGCCUGUGCUACACUGAGGCGCUGCGGUACUCGAUGCGGCGGAAGACGUUCGGAAAGCCGCUCUCCGAGCACCAAAUGAUCCGAUGGAAGUUGGCCGAGAUGUUGCGGCAGGUCGAGGCGCUGCACGACUACAACGAACGCGUCGCCUUCCAGUACAAGGCGGGCGUGCCCGACAGCCGCCUGGGCUCCCAGUGCGCCCUGCUGAAGGUGCAGGCGUCGAAAACGUUCGAGUACUGCGCUCGGGAGGCAUCACAGGUGUUCGGCGGCGCCUCUGUGGUGCGCGAAGGCCCCGGGCGCGUGGUGGAGCGCCUCUACCGCGAGGUGCGGGCCCAGGCCAUCCCCGGCGGCUCCGAGGAGAUCUUGCUGGACCUCGCGGCGCGGCAGGCGAUAGCGAGCGCCGUCAAGGCGCCAGCCGCAGCUGGCAAGAGCAGGCUGUGA